AUGAGUUAUCCUAGAAGAAAUCAAGCAAUUCCUAGGGAUUAUCCGGGACAGAAGCAGUAUGGCGGUCAGGGCCAGGCGCCAAGUGCAGCAGGAAGUGGACCAAGCGGACAAUAUGGAUAUGCUACGCAGAGCGGAGUACCACUUACUGGGAUGUAUGGGAAUAGGGGUGCACCAGGAUCAGAACAGUAUGGAUCGGCACCGUAUGCGAGCAGAGGAGGCGAUAGAUACAACAAACCUCCGGUUAACGGUGUGCCGCCGUCACAUCAGUACCAACAACAACAUCAGCAGCAGGCACAGGCACAGGCACAGGCACAAUAUAACAGCAGCUCAGGUAGUGGUGGAGAUUCCACUGCAAUUAGGAAACAAGAAUAUGACAAAUUGAUACAUGAUUGCUAUUCUAAAUUUCUGAUCGAUGCCAAUGGUAGAAAGAUCCUAGACAUGUCUUACCAGACACAUAUCAAUAUAAAAGAAUAUUCACUGUUCCCUUCACAGCCACCACCAGAGGAAUUGGACGAGUCUCAGGUUGGCUCGGUGAAAGACCGUAUAUUGGUUGUUUGUGCCAAGUCUAGUGGUAGAGUUCUACUUCAGAAGGGGAAGUUCAACGAAGUCAAAGGGUCGUAUCAAAUCGGUAGAACCUGGGAUAUGGAUGAAUUGAAGAGGAUAUCUCGAGUAGGCAACCUGGGUCUUGUAUUGACCUUGAAUAAGGACUACUACUGGAAUAUAGAUGAAGGUGUGGAAAGGAUUUGGAAGUUUACCAGAGUGUUGGCGAUUUCCUAUGGAAACUUCGUUGGGAAGUAUCCUGAGAUUAGGGGAUGGACCAUUCAAGAUUUGAAACUUCCGCCACAACCUCCUGGAGCAGCGAAAGUCAACCCAACUGGGCGUGGGGGCGACAGUCCUCAAACCAAUGAUAUAGUGUUGAAUGAGCCAAUUGCUCAUCCGCAAUUAUUGAAAUCAAAAUCUUUGAAGAGGAAAAAUAUGCCUAAUCCAGUAUUACCUCCAGAACCGGUGAGCUUGCAGCUCCAACAACAGGCACAGAAACAAUAUAAAGAUAUUGAUUUUACUGCAAACGGUAAAUUACCCAUGAAGCCAAUGAUGCCAAUGCAAGUUGAUAGAGCAGGAAGCAGUACCAAUGUGGAUCAAUACCAAGAAACAAAGCGCCAUUCGCAUCCUUAUACAGCAAUAAGUGGAUCUCCAAACCCAAAUUAUGCUGCUGAUACAUCUCAAGAAUCUCUGAGCUUUGUAUUUACAAGUGAGAAGAGUAAUGCUCAACAUCAAGAUGGCGGAUCUCCAAUGGGAGACAAUAGAUUCAGAAAACAAUCUGUUCCUCAGGUGGAGUCAACUGAGUCCUUAGAACAUCAUAUGGAUUAUGUUCAUAGAGAUUCCUUUGAGAAGCCAAUUCAUAGAUUUUCAUUGACGAAAACAAAGGCUGUAGACUCUCCGGAUUUUGGCAUUGAAGAAGUCGACGAUGAUGAAUAUAGUGAUGAUCAAGAUCAGGAAAAACCUUUAUUUGCCAGAUCAAAUACCAGCGACUCAAGGAAAGGAAAUGGAUUUGGAAUUAACCAGAAGAAGAUCUCCAGUAGCCCAGAAGUACUCGAAGAAUCAAGUAAUAUUGAAGAUUUGGAUACGGUUUCUGAAUCAAUCCAAGAAAUUGAAAGCUUUAUGGAAUCACAAAUGGAUGUUAAAAAAGGCACAAGAGGAGGACCAAGGCUGAUCUUUAGCUCCAAUCUGGAUAUUCCUCAUAACAACAAUUUAAACGUGGUAGAUAAUGAAUCUGUAUUCACUCUGGAUUACACUAAUGAUUCCAAUCUUGGCUUAAAUAUCAUAAAAAAUGAUAGUGCAGACGUAUCGGUAUCAUUGGAGAAGGAUCCAGAGAUUGAAGAGCUUUUAGAGGAAGUUAACUGGAAUAUCUCCGAUGACUCUGAUGCUUUAAUCAAAAAAUUGACCAAAGAAUUGAAUAGAGUCAAGUUCAAUAAUGUGAAUGAAGUUAUAUCUUUAGAUUUUUCAAAUAAUGCCGUAUCCAGCGACUUAAUAACUUCUUUGAAUGAAAUUGAGAAUUUACUGCAUAUCUUUAAGAAGACUGAGGUUAAAUUCCAAUAUCUAUCACCGGAAGUUAAUGCGAUUGAAAAUAAUUCCCAAGGAUUACAAGUGAAAUCAGUUAAUAAGAAAUUGUUAUACAACGAUUUGAAGGAAAUAUUAACCAAUGUUAAUAUUGACGGGGCUGAUUUGCAGGCUAUUGAAUCGUUUACUGCAUUUGAUAGAUUGAACAAGGUGGAAUCAAUUGAAAUGAAAUUGUCUAACUUAUUCAGCGCUUUAGGAGCAAUGAGAUCAAAUAAUAAUGAUAGCAGCAAUUCUGAGGGUUUGAGUUCAAUGAAGGCUUUGAAGCAAUACAGAGCAACGUAUGAGCAGGUAACUGAAUCAUUCACUUAUCACUUUGGCUCAUUCAUAAGAGGCGAAUUUACCAAUUUAAUAAAAAUGUUAAGCAGAGAUCUUGAAAGAAUCUCACCUCAUACCUUAACAAGAGAAUUGAAUAAUGUCUUAUUCUAUUCAGGGUUCAUGUUCUUUGUUAAAGAUGUUGCUAAGGAUGACUACUUGGAAUUGAAUGGAUUUUUCAAUCAGCAUAUGAGCGACUUGUUAGAAAGAAUUUUAACUCAAAAAUUGAUUCAUUUAAAGCAAUCCAAUCCAAUUUCAGCUACAGGCUCGAUUUCUGAUCUUCAAUCGGCAACUAAUGUGAGUAUGAAAAAUUCAAGAUCCUCAAGGUCACUUAGGUUAUCAACGAAGACGAAAUUUAGGCUUAGAGGAAGCGAAACUCCAGAGUCUUCUACAGCAAAUGUAAAUUCGCCUUCUUCACCACAUGCAUCUACUUCCUUUGCUGAAAAGAUUAAUGAAUCCCAAGAUUCAAAGUCAAUUAUAGAAUUAAUAACGUACUCCAAAGAACUUAUAUCAAUUAUUCAAUAUUUUGUUGGAAGUAUGUUUCACUAUGAUACUAAUAUUAUCAAUUUCAACGACUUUUUGAAAGCUCACUCAUAUUCAGAAAGGCGUAAGUUACUUGAUAGCCCUUCAUUUGAUUUGACUAAAAGCUAUUCUAACGAGAUCAUUGCUAAUUUAAAUGCUAUAUUUGGGGGUUACAUUAACUUGUUAAUGAAAAGGUUGGUGCCACAAGACUCUCAUAUUCCACUAAUAUUAAGCUACUUGGAAGUAUUGUUGGAAGAGAAUAAAACAACUAAUCAAGAAUUUUUAGUGUUCAAUUUCUUGAGGAGAUCUCUGGAGAAGUUUAAGUCUACUUGGACUAAAUUAAUUAAAAAUAAGGUGGAUUCUUUGAAUCAUUCCAUUAUUGUUGCUAAGUGUGGAAUUUUGCCUGCUAUUAAGAGUUUCAAUCAGUUAAUUUUGAUAACUGAAUCUUCCUUAGAUAAUUCUAACGUUGGUAAUGGCAGCAGUACUCUAAUUAGAGGCAUGUUAGAUCAGUCCUAUCAAGAUUUAACUGAGGCAAGUAUUCACUUAUUCUUGAGAGACGAUCCCUUAUUGAAGAAUAGUGAGUUUGACGAGAAAGAGAAGCAGCACAGAAACGUCAGUAUCUUGCAAAAUAUCUUCUACCUCACUGAACAAUUGUCGGUGUUUAAUAACACUUCGGAUGGAUUAAGGAAACUGAAAUCUAGCUUUGAAUCUGUAUUUAAGAAGGUUGAAGAGGCUUAUUUCAAGAGACUCUUGCACAAAAAUGUAGGUAAGUUGGUCGAAUUUGUUGACAACUAUGAAGCAUUGAGUAAGAUGGGUGGCCAAAAGAAAUACAACAAAAAGGUGGUUAAAUCAUUGCUCAGCAGUUAUACCCAUAAGGAUAUAUCUUUGAAGGCACAUGAAAUAUUUAAGAAAUUGGAAAAGCAUUUUAUUACCGGUGGUGAUAUGUUUGAAAAGGAUCUACUUGACAGAUUGUGGAAAGACAUGGAAGCUCAAGUAACUGAUUAUUUCGAAAGAUUAGGUAAAAUUGUCAGGUCAAAUUUUGAUAGAGAAAUUGAGUACAAUAUUAGCAAAAAUGAGAUACAUAGUAUAUUUAGUCAAAUUCACUAA